CGAUUCAACUUUGUCUUCUUUUUUCCUUUCUCUCUCUAAUAACUUUCUCUCUCUAAACAAAAAGUCGCAAAUUCACAUCACGAACCUUCUCAGAAACCUCCAUUGAUUCUUCACGAAAUUGCCAUAAUCCAUUUUCUUUCUCGCUUUGGUCUCUUCGGAGAAUGCGAUACAACGCGUUGUUACUUUUAGAUUUCGUGAAUCAGUUUCGUAGUUUUGGAAAAAGCGAAUUAGGGUUUUGAUUUCAAUUCAACAUGGCGGAUGAUGGAUUUCAAUUUUCGACACUGUUUGCUGAUGAUGAUUCCGAUGAUGAAAAGCUUGCAAUGGAUAUUGAAUCGUUUCUCAGCGUUCUUGAUGAAGAUUGUGUUCCUUCAGAGAGUAGUCCCGAGGAUUCUUCAUUGAAAGACGUUUCACCUGGUGAAUCUGGGAUCCAUGAUGAUUUUUUACUUCAAAAUGGGAAUUCCUUGCUUGACUCCGAACAUGAAAACCAGGGACCUUCAUCACGGACCUGCUCUUCCCCAAAUGUUUUUGCUGGUGGUUACAGGGACUCGUUCUCUGUUGCUGAAAGUGAUGAAACUUGCUAUGCAGAAAGGGCAGGAGUUUCUGAACAUGAGAUGCCUUCUUACAGUGUGGGCACAAGUUCGAACCCGAGUCUGUGGAAGGAUGACGAUUAUAGCCAAAUCAAGCAUGUGGUAGAUGAUGUGGAAUCUGAAUAUGCUUCACACAGCUCUAUCAUUGAGAAUGUUGAUGGAACUUUUGAAGAUUAUGGAACAGCUUUGAAAGACACAAUUGGAGUUUCUAGGCAGCCAGAAAAUGACUCCUGUACAUCCUUUGAAAUGCCAUUUGUGGAUGUUGACAUACCUACACAUUUUGGAAAUUCAGCUGAUUCUACUUUUUGUCAAGGUUCCAAUGUUCCUAGUGAUUUUAGUGGCUACUAUUCAUCUUUGAACUGUUACCAGGGUAUAGAUGUUAGACCUGUUGUUACCGGCAGUUCUGGUUAUUUUCCUAAUGGUGUUGGUUCUGAAUUCUGGAAAAAUGAAGAGCCGGUGAGGAAUAUGAAGGUUGAAAAAACGGAAUUCUUAACUGAUACUACUAAUGUGAUUGGUGGCAUGGACUUGAGCACUAUCGGUCGGAUCCCAUUUCACGACAGUCAAUUUAUGCCAGUAAAUAAUGAAUAUCCUUCAUUUUUUCCUGGUAAUGCUAAAUUUGAAGACGGUGAAUCAGUGCAACAAUCAUCUUGUGUUCCAUAUAUUUCUAGUGAAGGCCAGUCAUUUAAUGUCAAAGCUGAAGGGGAUGAAAUGGUUAUGCCUUACCAAAAUACUUUUCACAAUGACAAUGCUGGUCUAGAGGUGAAACAAUUACCUGGUAUUUUCCCUACCACUGGAUAUCAGAAUUACGAUUUUUUCAAGGUGGAGGAUAGUAAUGCAAUUGUAACAACGGAGGAUGCCAAUUAUUACCAAGAUCUUAUUGGUGAAACUGCUAAUAAAUUUCCGGGAAACAUGGGAAAUUUGAAUUUCAGAUCCUUAGACAAAUCUCUAUCUAUUGCCCGAGCAUCAAUUGCCAAUGGGAAUCAGUAUAAUUGUAGUAUGAGUGAACUAGAGAGUAAACCAAGCGAAUGUAAAAGUAUUGAUUCUCAACUUUCCAAAAGAAGUACCGAGGGAUCCAAUGAUGAAGAUGACUGUGAUGUUUGCAUUAUUGAAGACAUCAGUCACCCUGCACCUACAAGUCGAUCUGCCGAAUUCAAUUCCCUUAAUAUGUCACAAUCUUCUAGAUUUGAUUAUACCCAACCUUAUAUGGCAGGAGGCACAAGACCAAAGGCACACGACGAGCAGUACAUAUUACGAGCUGCUUUGCAGGAUAUAUCUCAGCCAAAGUCAGAAGUUACUCCACCCGAUGGACUGCUGGCUGUUCCUCUUUUACGUCAUCAGAAAAUUGCCUUAUCAUGGAUGGUUCAGAAGGAAACAUCAAGUUUAUACUGUUCCGGAGGAAUUCUUGCAGAUGAUCAGGGUCUUGGGAAAACAGUGUCAACUAUUGCUUUAAUACUCAAGGAAAGGCCUCCAUUACUUAAGACGUGCAAUAAUGCACAAAAAAGUGUAUUACAAACCAUGGACUUGGAUGAUGACCCACUUCCUGAGAAUGGUUUAGUGAAGAAGGAAUCUACUGUGUGUCAAGAUGCAUCCGAUAGAAAUGCAACCACAAGUGCGAAUUUGUCAGUGCAUGCAAAGGGCAGGCCAUCUGCGGGAACCCUUGUUGUUUGUCCAACUAGUGUUCUGCGACAGUGGGCUGACGAGCUGCAUAAUAAAGUAACCUGCAAAGCAAAUCUCUCCGUGCUUGUGUACCAUGGAAGCAGUCGAACCAAAGAUCCUUAUGAGCUUGCCAAGUAUGAUGUUGUUUUGACAACUUAUUCAAUUGUUAGCAUGGAGGUACCUAAGCAGCCUCUGGUUGACAAAGAUGAUAAAGAUGACAAAGAAAAAGGAAUUUAUGAAGAUCAUCCUGUGCCGAAUAGGAAAAGAAAAUGCCCUCCGAGUUCUAAAAGUGGCAAGAAGGCUUUGAACAGCAUGAUGCUUGAGGCUGCUGCACGUCCUCUUGCAAAAGUAGCCUGGUUUAGAGUUGUCUUGGAUGAGGCCCAAAGUAUAAAGAAUCACAGAACUCAAGUUGCAAGGGCUUGUUGGGGUCUCCGAGCUAAGCGCAGAUGGUGCUUGUCAGGGACUCCAAUCCAGAAUGCAAUUGAUGAUCUCUACAGUUACUUUAGAUUUCUAAGAUAUGAUCCUUAUGCCGUGUACACAUCAUUCUGUUCUACCAUAAAGAUUCCUAUCAAUAGAAAUCCAUCAAAAGGGUAUAGAAAGCUACAAGCUGUCUUAAAGACGAUCAUGUUACGUCGGACAAAAGGUACACUUCUCGACGGGGAACCUAUUAUAUCCUUGCCACCUAAAUCUGUGGAGUUGAGAAAAGUGGAAUUUUCACAGGAGGAACGUGAUUUCUAUUCCAAGCUGGAGGCUGAUUCACGUGCACAGUUUCAGGAAUAUGCUGAUGCUGGUACUGUGAAGCAAAACUAUGUGAACAUUUUAUUGAUGCUUUUGCGCCUUAGACAAGCUUGCGACCACCCUCUGCUUGUCAAGCGUUACAAUUCUACUACUCUCUGGAAAUCUUCAGUUGAAACAGCAAUGAAGCUUCCUCGGGAAAAACAGUUAUUUCUUUUAAAAUGUUUAGAGGCUUCCUUGGCCCUCUGUGGUAUCUGCAAUGAUGCUCCCGAAGAAGCUGUUGUUUCAGUCUGUGGUCAUGUUUUCUGUAAUCAGUGCAUUUGUGAGCAUCUAACUGGUGAGGACAAUCAGUGCCCUGCUACAAACUGCAAAACUCGACUUAACAUGUCUGCGGUGUUUCCCAAAGCCACACUGAACAGUUCUAUAUCUGAUCCGGCUUGUGAUCAUUUACCUGGUUCUGAGGUUGAGGAUUCUGAACCUUGUUCUCGGACUCAGCCAUGUGAUUCUUCAAAAAUAAGGGCUGCACUUGAGGUGUUGCAGUCAUUGUCUAAGCCACAAUGCCAUACUUCCCAAAGAAGUCAUGUGCAGAGCACUUCUAGGGAAAGUUCUGAUUGCAGCUCCACUUCUGCCAAUAAUGGAAAAUCCAUUAGUGAUGUUCCAGAAAAGAAAGCCAUGUUUAUGGAGAAAAGCUCUAAUGAUUCAGUUGGUUCUCUUGGGGAGAAAGCUAUAGUGUUUUCUCAGUGGACAGGGAUGCUAGAUUUACUUGAAGCAUGUCUUAAGGAUUCUUCAAUUCAGUAUAGAAGACUUGACGGAACAAUGUCAGUCCUCGCUAGAGAUAAAGCUGUUAAAGAUUUUAACACACUCCCUGAGGUAUCUGUUAUGAUAAUGUCUUUGAAGGCUGCUAGUCUUGGUCUGAACAUGGUGGCAGCCUGCCACGUUCUCAUGCUAGAUCUAUGGUGGAAUCCUACAACUGAAGAUCAAGCCAUAGACAGAGCACAUCGAAUUGGACAGACUCGUCCGGUUACAGUUUUGCGGUUAACUGUCAAAGAUACAGUUGAAGACCGUAUUUUAGCUCUGCAGCAAAAGAAGAGAACAAUGGUUGCAUCUGCAUUUGGAGAGGAUGGAACUAGUGGCCGUCAAACUCGCCUUACAGUGGAUGAUUUAAAAUACUUGUUCAUGAUGUGAUUAGGCAUACAUAGAAAUAUAAUUUUAAUUUUUUUGAAAUGGUAAUUUUUUCCUUGGGAGCUGGCGUCAUUGUAAGUUGCUUUUUUGGUGACAGCAGAAAUAGUGAAAUUUUCUAACAUGGCCUCUUUGACAGUUGAUAGAAGGAUUGUUUUAAUUGUGGUUAUAGUUGGAGUGAGAUGAUUCAUUCUUGAUUUGGAAUUUUGGUUUAGUCUUUGAUAUUUGUAUAGGUUAGUGAGCAGUAGCACAGACAUCAACAUAGAAAUUGUUGUUUUUAUUGUAAAUAAUAAUAUAUGAAAUAGACGAUAUUUUUUUCCCUUUCUA